AUGUCAGACUCCCUUGCCAUCUUCCGCGACCGCCUAGGUCCUGAUCUCAGCGCCCUGGCCGAGAAACACCUGCAACAUGAGUACGUGAGCUCCCCAGCUUCCUCCUCCUCCCCCCCCCGUCAUGAUUAUGAUUCCCCGUGCAAUUCACCAACCACCAUCCCACCCAAACAGCCUCCGACAAUCCGACCGCGAAGCCCUCGAGCGAGCGGCAAAGACCGUCUCCGUGCACACCUCCAUCGGCUCCCUCAUCGGCGUCUCGCUCGGCAUCCUGCUCGCGUUCCGCAUCCGCUCCGCCCGCCAGCGCAUGUUCACGGCCUUCAAGACGGCCGAGCAGCCCACCGCUGUGCGCUUCGCCGACGGCCGCGAGGAGCCUCUGCCCGACAUCACCAGCCUCAUGCGGCCCAGUCGUCUCGGCGAUUUCGCGACCUACACGCUGCUCGGCGCGGGAGGGGUCUUCUUUGGCGGGGAGACGGGCUUGUUGACGGGGACGUUCAGCGCGAGACGACUCAUCAACGCGGAUCGGGAGAGUCGCGAGAGGAUACAGAAUGCCUUCAGGCGGUUUCAGGCGGAUGCGCUGAGGACGCAGGCGGAUCUCCUGGAGCGGAGCGUGGAGCACGGCAAUGUUUCCACUCUAUGA